CAAAAAUGCUUCACAUCUAUGACUACCACUUACCUUGAACUUCACCGCGCACCUGUCUUUCAAAAUAAUGAAUGGGGAUAGUGUUAGCAAAAGAUUGCAAAAGGAAUUAAUGGAGUUGCUGUUUCAUAUGAAAAUUCAAACUAUUUUUGCCGUUGACUUUGAGUGAAUUGAACCCAAUUAGUGCUAAUUAAUACGCAUACAAGUCUUUUCCGUUUCAAAUGUUUGCUAAAAUGACUAAACAACAUCACAAGACAUGCUUUGUGAUUGUACAAUAGGAUCACCUGAUCCAUCUUUUCGGUUAAUCGCAGACCGAAACUCCACUUAUGAUUGCACUGAUGUCCAAAGAUAAAAGCGUCACAGCAUUCCCAGAUGGUGAAAAUCUCACUCGUUGGUUGGCAUCUAUUCGUGGUCCUGAUGGAACAGUAUACGAAGGUCAGCAAUACAAACUUUCACUUGAGUUUGGCCCUAACUAUCCCUAUACUCCUCCAAAUGUGCGUUUUGUUUCUAAGUGUUAUCAUCCUAACGUCGAUACUCGUGGAGUAAUAUGUUUGGAUAUUUUAAAAGAAAUGUGGUCCCCACUACUGACUGUGGAAAAUUUGCUUCUGUCUAUCCGAAGUUUGUUAGCAGAACCCAAUAAUGACAGUCCUUUGAAUGGCCAAGCAGCCCAACUUUGGUCUAAUCCUUCUGCAUUUCGUACUGAAAUGAUGAAAUUUCAAGCAUCAUCGUCUAAUAGCUAAUCUGUGUAAAUAUUUCAAUUUCUGGCUUUUAUGUACAGUGAAACUUUCUUCUUAACACUUUUCAGACUUUUAUACUAUCCAGUCUCUCUACCUCUUUAUUUUCUAGUUUCUGUAUUCUACCUAAAUGCAUGUACUUAUUCAAAUUCAAGACAUACUUAAAAGACGCGUACACAUGUUAUAUAUAUAUAUAUAUAUAUAUAUAUACUUAUAUAU